CUCAUAUGAGUAAUGUUUUGGGUUCGUGUCUUGGCUAACAAAGUCUACUUCGGUCAACUGACGAAUAAAUAAAAUUAAACAUCUAAAUAGCAUCUCAAUAAAACUAUCAUCUUUUGAGUUGUCUAAAUUAAAGACAAACUAAUUAGUUUUGAUUGCAUAUAGGAGCCAGUAAAGUAAAUUCAGUAUAAUGCCGAAGGUGGCGAAAAAAAAGCAUGUUUCGAUGAAAAAGAAAUCGGCAUGGCGUAAGAAUACGGAUAUAACAGAUGUUGAAAACUUUCUAGAAGACCAACGCUUACAAGAGAGAAUUGGAGGGGAUUUAACUUUUGCUCCAAAUGAAGAACUUUUCCAAAUCGAAAAGAAACCUUUGAAAGCUUCUGUGUCACUCCGAGCAGAAAGGAAAUUACUAGCUCAAAAGCCUGCAAAAUGCUUUAUUUCAUUAGAAAACAAUUCAAAAGUGGAAGAUCCAAUCAAGAAAAGGAAUCGAGUGAAAACACCAGAGGAACGUAGACAUCCUCUAACAAAAGCUAAAAUUGAAAGAAAUAAGAAACUCGGGAUAAUUCCUCAAAGGCAACUUGAGUCUUUGAAAGAUCGUAUUACAGCCGGAAAGCGAAUUUUAAGAACAAAAAUUAAGAAAAUUGAAUUUGAGAAAGAUAUUUGGGCUGAUGAUGUUGAUAAAAAAAUUCCUGAACUUGAAAGUCAAUGGGUGAGCAAAAGUUUGAAGCAGUAUCAUCUUAAAAAUCUCGGAGAUGAUGUAACUAAAGUGCCACAAAUAACACAUGAAAAAAGGAGUCAAAUAAAGGCUAUCGAGAAUCCCAUUGGCGGUGCAAGUUACAAUCCAAAUCCACAAGACUUCGAGGAACUUAUCAACAAAGCUGUUGAAAAGGAAGAGAAGAUCAUUAAAACUGAGAAAAAAUUAAGUGAGGCGUUGAAGCCUUUAUAUAAAAUGAUUACGAAAGGAGAAGCUAAACGUCUUAAAAGAGAAGAGUUAACUCAAGGAUUUCCAAUUAAUGGUCAAAAUGAUGUCGAUAGUGAAUUGAGUGAGAGUGAAUUUAAAACUUUAAAUCCACCGGUGAGAAACAAAAAGAAAGAUUUGAAGCAGAGAAGGAAACAAAAAGAAUCAAGACUUCGUAAAGCAAGAUUGGAAAUUGAGAAACAAGAACUUAAGAAGAUUAAAGAUUUGGGAACAUUAAAAAUGUUUAAAAAACAACUAAAUAAACAGGAUGAGAAAGUCGAAGAAAAGAAAAAGCAUCGAAUUGAAAAGAAAAUUAAACAGAAGUGCGAGCCACGUCGAAUAGCUAGAAAAAGGUUCGAAGGUGAUGAACUUCCCGUUCCUGAUUCGAUGGAAAGUCUCGGAACUUUAAGGAAAAUAAAGCCAGUAGAAAAUAUUCUCGUUGAUCGUUUCAAGAGCCUUCAAAAGCGCAACAUUCUUGCUCCAAACAUUAAACGUAGACCGAGAAAUCGCCGCCUUACAACUGUCAAGAAGAAGUCACAUAAACAAGAAGACCAACCACCUCCAAACAUGAAGAAGAAAGGAAGCAAAAGUUUUAAAAUUCAUAAAUAAUCUUGUGG